AGCAGAAAUGCAGUGGUCGCCUGGUUUGCUGCCUUGAUUACCGGUUCACAAGCCAGGACAAAGAGCGCCAACAUGAUGGACCAGGGACAAGGGCCGCAAGGCUUCAUACAUAUGCUUGAAAAUGCGCCAGUCCCUUUGGACAUGCAGAUGCAAAUGCAGAUCAUGAAGGCCCAGUCCUCUGGUUUUGCUACAUCUGGACUGUGUGUCAAUAGCUUUUGGGCCAUCCUGGAGCUUGUCAAACCCAUCAAGCUUGCUCAGGUUAGCACCUUGGAGCCAUUCUACUUGCUGAGAGAAGGUGACCAUGACAAGGAGGUCAUUGGUGGCUUCAUAGACGAGCCUCGUUUCGGAGAGACCUCGGAGGUCGAGGCCACCAAAGCCUAUGCAAAAUCGAAGGGCCUUCUGACUGAUCCCUCAAAGUUCCCGACUCAAAUCUUUUGGCUUGCCAUUCGAGCUUUCCACGUCUUUUGUGUGCCAGUGAUGAAGGAGAACCUUUGUAUGGUUGCAGCAGCUGGCUAUUUCCACACGAAGAACAUGGCAAUUAUGGAGACUGCGAUGGGGGAGCACCUCGUCUAUGAAGCCAUCCUGGGCAGCAGUGCCUUCCUAGGUGACCUUGGAACUUUCCUAAACUUGGUCAUGGCCUUUUGCUUGGGUGCAGCCUUCCCUGACCGAGUCGCAGAUUUUGCUGCUGGCAAAGUCCAAGGCUCUGUCCUGACCGAGGAAGUUUCUCCUCAGUGGUCUGUGCUGCCCUCGUGUAUUCUGGAAGAUGUCAUAGAGGUCUUGGAGAUAGUGACCAGUAUUCAACCACAAGGCAAGGGUCCCUCGGAGUUGUUUCUACACCUGGACGCUCAGCUUUUGCUGCUAAUGGUCACCUUUAUGUUGGGCAAUGGCAACCAUGUGAAGAAUCCAAACCUGCGCGGAAAGGCUGCAACGCUCCUGAAGAAUUUGACCUCGAACUCGAACUAUCGACAUCUUGUCGAAAACUCUCCAGUCUUGGCAAAUGACAUCAUCCCAGGGUGCAUUAGAGUCUUCACUGCAGUGGAAAAGACAAAGCAAUCGUUCUAUGACAUCAGGAUGCAGCUGAAGUACCAGCUUCGCAUACCUAUCAUGGAGCUUUUUGAGCGCAUGCUGCCUCUUGAGGCACACAAGAAGGCGCUCAAGAGCUUUGCCACAGAGAAUCCGGACGAAUUUCUCAAGUUCCUGAACAACUUGAUGAACGAUGCCACCAUGCAACUUGAAGAGGGCAUGGACACACUCAUCGAGAUUCGUCGUCUCAUGAAAGAAGGAAAGCAGGCUGAACUUCAACGUCCUGCAGCCUCCAGCGUGGCAGAAGAUGAGCAAACCGGAGAAGGUGCCGAUCUCUAUGCCCGUAGUCGAGCAGAUCCAAAGGCUCACUGCAAGCAGUACAUGCAGAUGGGCCAUAGAACGAUCAGCACUUUAUGGAGCAUUAGUCGGGAGGCGCCCACGGUGAUUAUCAGCAAGCUGAAUGUCCUACAGCAGAUGCUGCACAACUGCCUCAACAGCUGCCUGGAUCGUUUGGUCGGCCCUCGCUGCCUGGAGCUGAAGGCUCCGCAGAAGGGCCAGGUCAGUGACUUCGAAGAGUACAGCUUCAAACCCAAGGAGCUUUUGCAGAUGAUUGCGGAGAUGUACGUCUUUGUCGGUCGAGCUGACAAAGAAAAGGUGCAAAAGACAAUCACUGAAGAUGGCAGAAGUUACAGGCCAAAAACUUUCCAGAAGGCUGUGUCAAUUUUGAGGCGCGAGCAGAUGAUUUCUGCGGACUUGCUACAGGAAUUUUCCACGUUCGUCCAGGAACUCAAUGACUUGGCAGAGAGCCAAGAAGCUGCUUUGGCCAAUGUCACUGUGCCAGACGAGUUCUUGGAUCCCAUCAUGUCCGAGAUAAUGGUGGACCCUGUCUUGCUGCCAACCUCCAACACUAUCAUGGAUCGGAAGGUGAUCGAGCGACAUAUCAUGUCGAACGAUGACGAUCCGUUUAAUCGCCAGCCCUUGGCUGUGAAGGACCUCGUCCCUCAAACCGAGUUGCGAGACAAGAUCACGGACUUCUGCAAGAAGCACGGUAUUGUCAUGGGCAAUGAAAGUGAUUGAUGGACCUGCCGAGAUGUAGUCAGUUGCAAGCUUUGCACAAUACGUGCAGAUAAACACAGGGCAAACUGAUUUAACAUCCUACUUGCCUUCCUGGUGUCACAGCCAAGAAGCCACUGAAUCCAAUGGUGUUGGAAGUCAAAUGAAAUCAAGAACACGCUGGAGAUGAGACAGAUCAAUACAGUCAAUACAGAUGAGAAAUUGAAU